AUGAAGAUGGUCGACGUGGUGGAAGGGGUGGUCGAGGAGGUGUGGGAGCGCACUCCGGAGGGGCUGAAGAAGGUGGCAAGGAAAGUAGCGAAAGUUGUCGAGAAGGAGGUGGCCUUUGUGGUGAAGAUCGGCAAGGCGGUAUAUCACUUCGUGGAAACCACGCUCGAGCAGCUCGUCAAGGUACUCGACUGGCUGUGGGACAAAAUCAAGGUUUGGAUGAGUACGGGUCGAGGCAGAGGCGACACAAAACGAAAUACUGUACUCCAUCGCAUGGACCAUCGCAUGGACCAUGCCUUUAGGCAGAAGUGCAAGGUGUAUGCACGUGGGUCAAGCGGCCUCGGGGACUGGAACUAUAUGUAG